AUGUCUGCAAGUGUAAAACGUGUAUGGCCCGAAUUAGUAGGCAAAGAUGUAGAUAAUGCUACGAAAAUUAUUAAAGAAGAGUCUGAUAUCGAACUUAUUCAAACACUUCGUGAUAAUUCACCAGUUACACUUGAUUAUUGUCCAACUCGAAUUCGUUUGUUUGUUAAUGAAAAAAAUAUUGUUACAGUUGAACCACGGAUUGGAUAA